AUGCCUUUCGGCGACGGAGGAGAGCUCUGGAACGAAGCGAAAUCUACACCAUAUGGCUAUGGCGCCGGAGCAGUAGCAGGAUUCCCGCCGCUGAUCAUCGAUCCGGCAGGACUGCCUAUACCCAUACCCACCAUACCCGCUCAGCUGGUACAGACGGGAUCCGGAGUGGGUGCGGGACCCGUGGAAUAUGAUGGAACCACUUAUUACGUUUCGCCAGAGGAGUUUCAGAGGCGUAUAUGGCCUGAGAUCCAGGAGCGUAAGAGGAAGAAGGCUGCUAAAAGGCAUCUGAGCAUGCUUGAGGCUGCAAACCGCACCCCUACUAUUGGAGAGUCAAUGAUCGCCGUCACUAGCUCUACCUCUCCUCAACCACUGGAAAUAACGGCUCCAGUGCGGGUGGGAGCAACGCACUGCUUGAACCCGGAAGCAAAAGAAUACCAGCCCAGACAGCGUGCGCUUGAAGAGAGGGGGCUCCUCUCGUUUCAAGCUUUACCAUACGCACAAUGGAAGUUCUAUGAAGGGCCUGCCCAACAAGGCAAGCCAAUGAUGGCUGUGAGCUUUGGACCUCUACCAGAUUUGAAUGGUGGUACUAUAGCACCUUAUUAUACCCAGGAUUUAUACAACUACAAUUAUAUUCAACCUCAAUGGUCGGCAGAUUGGGGUUAUUUUGAGCCUACCUACUAA